GAGCAGUGGAGCUCAGCUUAGUGUUACAUAACGCCGGUGUUGUGACGCGCACUGAAUCCCCGGUACAUUAGCGACAGUAAGACCCAGUGGAAGCGCACCGGCCGCCCCCUCUCACUGGGAGAAAACGAUGCACUGCUGCGGGUGAUGAGCUCCGGUUAAGGGUACCGCAAGUCGACUCCGCGCUCCGCAGCGUGGCACUGAAGUGAAGCGGGGAAAUCACACCUCAGCUGAAGAAGGAUCACUGCGUCUGCGAUGCUCAAAGUCAGUAUGAUCAGCUCCAGACCAGGCGCAGCUCCGGAAUACUGGAUUGAUGGCUCCAAGAAAGAGACUCUGGAGGACUUCUACGAGCUGGAGUCAGAACUGGGACGCGGAGCCACAUCGGUGGUGUUUCGAUGUCGGCAAAAAGGCACGCAGAAACCCUACGCUGUGAAGAAGCUGAAGAAAACAGUUGACAAGAAGAUCGUACGUACGGAGAUCGGAGUCUUGCUGCGUCUCUCUCAUCCAAAUAUAAUUAAGCUGAAAGAGAUCUUUGAGACACCAUUAGAAAUCAGUCUUGUCCUGGAGCUCGUCACAGGAGGAGAAUUAUUUGACAGGGUGGUAGAGAAGGGCUACUACAGUGAGCGAGAUGCGGCGGACGCUAUCAAACAGGUGCUGGAGGCCGUGGCGUACCUGCAUGAAAACGGUGUGGUGCACCGUGACCUGAAACCUGAGAACCUCCUGUACGCUACUUCCGCCCCAGAUGCUCCUCUCAAAAUAGCUGAUUUCGGCCUUUCAAAAAUCAUAGACGACCAGGUGACAAUGAAGACGGUGUGCGGGACUCCGGGAUAUUGUGCUCCGGAGAUCCUCCGGGGUUGUGCUUAUGGGCCUGAAGUUGACAUGUGGUCUGUAGGAGUUAUUACAUACAUCUUACUGUGCGGUUUUGAGCCUUUUUUUGAUGACAGAGGAGAUCAGUACAUGUUCAAGCGCAUCCUGAACUGUGAAUAUGAGUUUGUCUCCCCCUGGUGGGACAAUGUGUCUCUUAACGCUAAAGACCUGGUGAAAAAGUUGAUCGUCAAGGACUCAAAGAAGCGACUGACGACGCAACAGGCCCUGCAGCACCCGUGGGUGACCGGGAAAGCCGCUAACUUCACCCACAUGGACACGGCUCAGAAGAAGCUCCAGGAGUUCAACGCCAGAAGAAAGCUCAAGGCUGCCGUUAAAGCGGUGGUGGCAUCGACGCGUCUGGGAAGUGCCAGCGGACACGGCAACUCAGACGCAAGCAAGGCGAACUCGCAUCCCACUAAGCAACAAGACGCGGAAGGCGAGCAGCCUGAAAAGGACGUCCAUGAACUAGGAGACUCGUAGACUUGUCUGGAUUUGCGAGGGAACAAGUUUACAAUUUGUCAUUGAAAGGAAAAUGUUUUUUUUUUUCUCCCACAGGUUUGGAUAGACCUGAAACCGUCAGGUUCUGACAGAGUCAUGACAGGAUUGAUGACGAGAUUUGGGUUUUGGUGACAUGCAUGUGAUUUGUGAUUGCUUUAGGCUACAAUAGCAGACUCUGCCAAAAAAAAACAACAUCAUGCCAUUUAAUACAAGGCAUCUUGAUAUAUAUGUAUCAUGUAUUUGAAAGCUGUAUGUGAACCGAGCGCAGGUGAACUGGCCGUUUUUCCAUAACAGAUAUCGGCUGAUCAUUAUCUUUGAGUUCUAUACUAUAUAGCCAACUGAAGCAUCAAAUUGAAGACUUUUUGAUGACUAUAACAUAAGAAGCAACGCCAAGCUGCUUUUUAAACGCAUACGCUCGUUUUACACUACAGUACAAAUCAUAUCGUUUUAAGCGAAAUCCUUGUUAUCAACCAGGGUCUUAAUCUUAACUAUCCAGAAACAUCUCCUAUCAUAGGAAUAAGCUUCAGCGGUGUUGCUUUACAUCCUAAUAGUCUUACUGAAUCGAAAGGGCUUAGAAUAAUGUUUGUGUUUGUCGAGGAAGGAAAUUGACAGGCUUGUUUUCUACUUUUCUAAGAAUUAGUACCUGAUGCAUGGUUUAAAAAAAAAACAAUAAAAAAAUAGUUAUGCACAAAAUACUGCACCGUCAGGUCUCACCGUCUGCUUCAAAAUUGUUGACAUCUUUAGUAAAAAAAAACCCCAAAAAGGGUACAGUAUGAAAAAUGACUUUGCAGUUAAUUAUCCCAGUCUCACACUGAAAAGAUGAGAAAAAAGUUCACCUUUAAUUUAAUGAAGUAAAAAUAAAACCACCUACUGCAACUAGAUAUAUGUUUAUAAAUGUAUAUAUAUCACAAUUAUUGGCACCCCUGCCGACAAAGCACCAUAACAUACUGUCUUUACUGUAGUAGUGUACUUCAUUUUCAUUAAACCCACCUUUAGUGCUACCACAAUCACUCGAAAUGCCUAUAAACUACAUGUCUAGUGAACCUCCGUCCCUUAUGUUGCUUGUUAGAUGAAAGAAAAGGCUUUCUUCCAAAUAGGGCAUGCUUUGGGGACCCUAAACUGUUACCAUCUCACUCAAAUCUCCAUCUAUGGUCUUUUGUGACUCCAUGAACUUCCUCCUGACUGUUCCUGAGAGUGAAAUACACUUUUACGUACACUUUUAUGCUUCUUAAUUAUCGCUCUUACAGGAUAUUUCAGGUAGCUGAAUUCUUUUCUUCCUUGUUUAGGAAUUUUUGUUUUCGUUUAUUUUUUGUUUUUGCAUAUUGAUGAAUGAUUGAAGCCAUUUGGCCUUUUCACUAGUAAAAUAUGGAGUUCCUAAAUACUCAGGCUAAAUGAAAAAAAAAAUAAAUAAAAUACAUGUAUAUGAAACAAUAUUCAGCUACAUUUUACUUAUAAGGAUUUUUUGGGGUGCCAAUAAUUGUGAUGUCACGUUUUAUUAGGAUUUGAUUUUUCUAUUAAACCACAGACAUUUUCCCACCUGAAUUUUUUUAUUUUUCUUUUUUUUUUACCGAGGGUGCCAAUAAUUCUGGACCUGACUGUAUAUUCAGUUUUUAAGGCUUUAAGGUUAAGUUUUUUCUUUAUACAUGAAAGCUGUUAGACUAAACUGCCGGUCACAGUUCUUCGACAUCUUGACUGAUCGGCCUUUAUAAAAAGGACUUUAAAGGUGUACUGAUUGAAUGUUACUUUAGUUAUAGCAUGCUUUUAUCUGCAAAUAUCAACAAAUGCUGUUUCGGAAUUAUUUGCUAAAGACGGUAUGGACAGGAAUGAAGCAUGGGUUUACUCUAUAAAGGUUGCAUUGCAUGUAGGAAUGUUCUAAAGCUCCAAAUGUCUUCUUACACUGCAGAUAUUUUGCUAAUAUUAAUUACUAUGUGUUAUACAGUAUGAUAUUUCAGGCUGUUUGAGGGCCACAUUGUACGACACUCAGAGGUCGAAUUUGUAUAUCUGCCUGUUUCUAUCUUAAAAUUUCUCUUUUAAAAUGAUGAAAAUUAUACUGUGUAUUAAUUGCAGAAAUAAAAUCGAAUAUACGCAACAA